UAUUUACCACCUCCUCCACCACUCUCUUCACCCUAUUCUCUCUUUAUCCUUAUAAAUCCUUAAUCAAUCAUCUCAUUCCUUUGUCAUCUAAUUAUUAAAGCAAAGAUAGAUGGCUAAACUUGCCACCUUUUUCGUCUUAACCCUUCUCUUCGUUUCCACUCUAUCCUUUGCCGCCCGCCCUGGUCCAGCUUUCCCUGACCAGUCUCCUACCAAAACUCAAGCUAAGGGUAUUACUGUGGUGGAGACUGAGGUUGAGCGGUCGACUGAAGCUGUUGAAGAUAGCUGCCAAGGAGUUGGAGAAGAAGAAUGUUUGAUGAGAAGAACUCUUGCUGCUCAUGUUGAUUAUAUCUAUACUCAGAAUCACAAGCCAUGAGAGCUUUUUAUGAAUUUAUGGACAUGGUCUUUUAAAUUUUAAAUAACAUAAUCACUCAAGUUAA